AUGACAGAAAUCAUGGACCUAUCUACCUUUCUGUCGCGGUACCUUGGGCUUCUCCUCGCCUGUUGCGGUUUCCACCUAACAUACUUUCAACUCUUCCGGCACUUUGCUCCGUCAAUCGCCAAGGAUCGAAAGCGCCUCGCAUGGGUCCUCACCUUCACCACCGCAUUCUUUGUCUCCGUCAUAGCACCCUUCUACACCUGGGGUGGCAUGCACACCAUCUUUUCGUCGCCCACUCUGCUGGAUACACGACAUCCUGGGCUCUUGGGCAACAACCUCAACCACAACCGCAUCAACAAUGGUGGUCACCACCUCUUUUCUGUGGAGUUCAACAGUAACGAUGUUGCAGGUCUUGGACAGUAUAGCCAGGAGAUGAAGGGAGAGCAGCCUACUGUUAUGACGAUGGAUCCUUCCUUCUUUGGAAUGCAGAAGAAGGCAGAGGGAUCAAUGGCACAGAAGGAAGACGAUGAGCAGCAACACGGUAGUAAGGAGGAGGAGUGGAUUAGGGACGGAACCCAUCAGGCCAUUACGGAAGACGCCGGAGAUAAAAGCCCACAGUCACCACCACUUCGCAACGAACGGGAUCAAGGAAAGCGACAAUUCCGCCUGCUCUUUGACCUGCGCUUCACCCCAGACGACAACGAGGGCACCAUUGCACUAGUCGUAUUCUUUAUGGCUUAUCUGAUCAUGGACAUCACCCUGGGUCUCUUGUACUACCAAGAACAAGUGACACUCCUGGCAGGAUGGCUCCACCACACCGCUUAUAUCGGCAUCACCUACUAUGCGGUCACCCAAGGAGAGACGUUCACUUAUGCCAUGUUCUUCCCCAUGGAAGUACCAACAAUCGUCGUUGGAGUAGGAUGUCUGGACAAGAGUCUCCGUCGUGACAUGCUCUAUGGGUUCUCGUUCAUCAUUUUCAGGUUCCUGUUCGACAUUUCGCUCACUCAUGAAGUCGUCUGGAACCGAGAACGCGAGAUGACAACCACUCUCAAGACCAUCCUAAUCUUCAAGUCGCUCAUGAACCUCAAGUUCCUCCAGGGCUGGAUCUCGCAGCAGAAGCGUCUUGCACGCCAACGACGCGCUGAGGCUGCUGCCAAGGCCUCUGCUUCGAUGGUGGUGGAGGCGAGCAUCGCUGCCGAUACUGCUGCUGUUGGUGAGAAUAAGAUUACAUCGAUCACUGCUCCAGCCAUCACAUUUUGCAAGUCUAUGAAUGUCCAGCGCGAAGAGAAUUGUACAUCCAUUGAGUUCAGUUCGAGGCGGAGGGUCAGGGUCCGGAGCAAGGGAAUCAAAAAGGUUGAUUUGGUGGAUACGCAGCCCAUGAUUGCCGUCUAUUGA